AUGACCAAGCUCAUCACAGUCUUCGGCUCUACCGGUAAACAGGGCGGAUCCGUCGUGCAAGCUAUCUUGAAUCAUCCGCAGUUAAGUAAAGAGUGGAAGGUGCGCGGAGUUACAAGGAAUCCCGAUAAACCCGAUGCGCAAGUCAUGGUAGCAAAGGGUGUCGAGAUGGUCACUGCGAACCUCAACAGCAAGGAGUCAAUCUUGAAAGCUAUUACCGGAUCUGACACUGUUUUUGGCGUGACAAAUUACUGGGAGAUGGCAUCACUCGCCCACGAAGUCCAGCAGGGCCGUAAUUUGACAGACGCCUGCAUCGAAGCGAAGGUUCCGCACCUAAUCUGGUCUUCAUUACCUCGCGUAUCAAAGAUCACUGGUGGAAGACUGGCGAACCUACACCACUUUGACAGCAAAGCCAUGGUUGAAGAAUACAUUAAUAAAGCCGGUCAACCGGCUUCUUUCGUGCUUCCAGGCUAUUUCAUGACAAACAUUCCUGGGUCUAUCAAGCCGAGUCAAGAUGGCGGCGCAUACACGUUAUCUUUGCUUUUCCAUCCCGAUACUCUGAUUCCAAUGCUAGACGUCCCCACCGACUUUGGGAAAUUUGUAGCUUCAUGUCUCGCUGAUCCAAAAGCCACUAUUGGCAAGCACGUGCUUGCUGCGAGCGCAUGGGUCACACCUCUCGAUGUUUGCGCAGCUGUGGUGAAUGUCACGGGAAAGAGUUGUGAGUUCAGGGAAGUGGCAGAUGAAGAGUGGAAAUCUGGGCAGGAGCUGUUGGAAAAUAUGAUCAUGAUUAAGGAAUGGGCAUACUAUGGGCCUGGCGCAGAUGAGGGCGUGAAGUGGAGUCCGGAGACUGUUAAUGGAGUGGGUGGAUGGGAAGGAUUUGGUGAUUUUGAGGCGUUCCUUGGAAGGAUUGGAUUUGUGUAA